UCUUUCGCUCCGCUGCUCCCUGCUCAAGAAUUAUGUCACAUUUCUCUUGAUGUCAGUCUUUUGGCGGCCUUUUCUUGGCUUUUUUCUAUAGAUCUCCACUCUUAGUUCUCUUUGGAGUUACUCGGAUUAUCAUAGAAGGAUCCUAUUGAUUUGGAUUUCUCGCAGAAUUGUUUUUAGCGCGCUAGAAGACUCACAUCUUGAUCGAGCGUGAUCGGAUUUCAGAGCUAGACUGUGACCGCGACCACGAUUUACGUUGGAAAUCUCACCAUUCAUCGAACUUGAGAGGAACUCAAAAGCGUCCUACGCAUCUAGGGAAUCUGAAGAUAACAAGGCCAAAAAAUCCGCCUUUCUAUAAGACGUCUGCUAGUGAAGUCAAGUUUUCCAAGAUGCGUUGGGUUUCCAUAUUAGUUUGCUGCCUAGUCCUUGCCUUUUCUGUAACUUUAUCGCAAGCCCAAACCAGUGCUCAGUGCGCACAAAGAAGCUGUUACCCAGCAACAGGAGAUCUACUGAUGGGACGUCAAGUUAAACUGUUUGCCAGCUCCACAUGUGGCUUGAAUGGACCUGAAAACUACUGUAUGGUUUCCAACCUACAGGAUCAAGAAGACUGCUUCAUAUGUGACUCUAGAGACUACCCUGACAUUGACAAACAAUUCAGACAUAAUCCUGAAUAUAUGUUGUCAUCGUUUGAUGGGGACAAGACCAAGCAAUGGUGGCAAUCAGAGAAUGGUAGAGAGAACGUUUAUCUUCAGCUUGACUUGGAGUCAGAGUUUCACUUCACCCAUCUAGUCAUGACAUUCAGAACGUUCCGUCCUGCUGGAAUGUUGAUUGAGAGGUCAUGGGAUUACGGAAAGACCUGGAAAGUGUAUCGAUACUUUGCUUCUGACUGUCGUAAGACAUUUCCUGGCAUCCCUAAAGGAGAUCCAAAGGAUAUUGAUGAUAUCAUCUGUACUGAUAAAUACUCUACAGUUGAACCCUCAUCUGGAGGAGAGGUAAUCUUCAGAGCUCUCAAAUCACAAGAACCAAUAAAGAACCCCUACAGUCAGAAGGUCCAAAACCUCCUAAAACUGACCAACAUCCGAAUCAACUUUACGAAGCUCCACACCCUUGGUGAUGACAUUCUUGACCCCAGACCAGAGAUCAAGCGCAAAUACUACUAUGCUAUCUACGAUCUGGUAAUCAGAGGAAGCUGUUCUUGUUAUGGACAUGCAGAACAGUGUUUACCUGAACCAGGACAGCCAAACAUACCUGGAAUGGUGUAUGGCCAGUGUAAUUGUACUCACAACACGACGGGAAACAACUGUGAACGAUGUAAAGAUGGCUACUAUGACGUGCCGUGGAGACCAGCUACCGCAGAUAGUCCAAACGAAUGCAGAAAGUGUAACUGUAAUGGUCACGCCGUUCAGUGUCGUUUUGACACGGCAGUGUAUCUGGCCUCGGGGAACAAGAGUGGAGGAGUGUGUAUCAACUGUGAACACAACACUGUUGGGCGAAACUGUGAACGAUGUAAGCCACUCCAUUAUCAAGACCCUAACAAGGACUUCAAGGAACCUGACGCCUGUAUCCGUAUGUAUUCACCUUUUGUUUCUUUGUUUGUUGAUUACUCACUCUUUAACGGUUUUUGGGGACUGGGAAAGAGUCCUGCCGGUUGCCUGCAAUGUGGUUGUGACGUAGGUGGUUCCUAUGACGACCAGUGUGACAAAAUAAGCGGUUUGUGUAGAUGCCGUAAAGGAAUCACGGGACGCACGUGUAACCGAGUUAAGCCUGGGCACUAUUUCCCUCUUCCUGAUCACCUUGUCUAUGAAUCUGAGGAAGCCAGAGCGAUUGGGGUUUCAGAGGUCAAACGUCAACAGCCGCUAAAUGGACAAACAACAUGGACAGGGGAUGGAUUUGUUGAAGUCAAACACGACACAGCUAUUGUUUACUCGAUUACAAACAUACCACGGUCUGGUGACUACGACAUCGUUCUCAGAUAUGAAACGAAGGAUUCCGAAGCCUGGGAUGCUGUCGUCACGGUAACCAGAGCAGACGGUCAAUCCCUGUCCAGCGGUAGCUGCCUUAAGAUCGGAUUUCUGGAACACUAUAGAAACGUUACGAUCAGCUUGAAUCCCGCUUUCCGCUACAUCAGAAUACCUGAUAAUGUUUGCCUGGAGAAAGGCAUGGCUUAUGACGUCAGAGUGACGUUUGUAAGGAAAUCCCUUAAUGGCCAUGACUCACUGUACACUGACUCGAUUACAGUCGUACCAGUCCCUGACAAGCUGAGCAUCUUUCAAGGCCAGGAUGGAUCGUUUAUAAGAAACCAGCUGGAUUCAUAUGGAUGUAUAAAACAACACUAUGAAGCCAGUCAACCUAGGCUGCCUCUCGGAGACAUCUGUAGAAGACAUAUUUUUUCAAUGUCUGCUGUUGUUUACGAUGGUGCAGUUGCAUGCCAAUGCGACCCAACAGGGACGAAAAGGGACGUUAAUGGGUCUCUUAUCUGCGACCCUGUUGGAGGUCAGUGCAAGUGCAAGUCCAAUGUGAUUGGUCAGAGGUGUGACCGCUGUGCACCAGGAUCGUAUGGCUUUGGCCCAAGUGGAUGUUCAGCCUGUGACUGUGACAAAAAUGGUACAAUAAGUGAUGAGUUCUGUAACAUAGUGACUGGUCAGUGCCCUUGUAAAAUCUGGGCUUCUGGUAGACAAUGCAGUCUGUGUCCACCCAAUAAAUGGGGAUUUCCGACGUGCAGAGACUGUGUUUGCAAUGGCCAUGCUGCUAGUUGUGACACCAAAACAGGAGAAUGUAUUGAUUGUCAGCAUAACACUGUGGGGAAAAACUGUGAUUUAUGCAAGCCUGGUUUCUAUGGAAAUGCAAGAAGAGGUACGCCAAACGAUUGCAAACGGUGUCAAUGUCCUGGUGGCAGCAGCGGGAAUUCAUUUAGUAAAACAUGUGUCCUCAAUACAGCCACUACUCCGGAAUCUUCUAUCUGCGAUGCCUGUGAGAAAGGCUACACCGGCAAACAGUGCGAAGAUUGCGCCGACGGUUACUAUGGUAACCCUGUCGUGCCAGGGGGGAGCUGUCAACCAUGUUCUUGCAACAACAAUAUCAACCCAUCGGUGCGCGGAAACUGUGAUCGUUUAACGGGAAGAUGUUUGCAGUGUCUCUAUAACACGGCUGGGUUUAGCUGCGACCGUUGCAAGCCUGGUUACCAUGGUAACGCUAUUGCAAGAAACUGCACAAAGUGUGUCUGCAACAAGCAAGGUACAACGCCAGGAUUUGAAGACACGUGUAAUCACGUGACUGGACAGUGUAAAUGUCAGCCUGAUGUGGAAGGUGUUCAGUGUGACCGAUGUGCCGAGGGGUACUGGAACCUAGCAAGCGGCAAGGGAUGUCAGCAAUGUGACUGUUGUGAAGCAGGCUCCGAGAAGACUAUCUGUAACCAGACGAGCGGUCAGUGUCACUGCAGAGCUGGUUUUGGAGGGCCAAGAUGCUGUGAAUGUGAAGAUAACUACUGGGGAUACGCACCCAACAGUUGCAAUCCUUGUGAUUGUAAUCCAGCUGGUUCACAAAGCCUUCAGUGUGACCGAGAUAAAGGUACUUGUCGAUGCAAAGUAGGACACGUUGGAGACAAAUGUGAUAUGUGUGCUGCAGACACGACCGGCAAGAUGCCACUGUGUGAGAUAUGUGGCGAGUGUUACUAUCAGUGGAAGGGAACUCUUGGUUAUCUGGCACAGAAUGUUACUUACGAGAUUGAUAGAGCAUCCAACCUUUCUGUAUCAGGUUCCGGUGGUGGAAUCUAUGCCUAUGAAAAAGAGCUGAAGGCCUUAGAAGAGAUGUUGAAGCGCGUGCGCAAAAUACUGGACACCCAAAAAACCAUGGAAAAUGACACCAAGAAAAUUGAGGCUGAACUAAACAGAAGUGAAAAACGUUUGAUGGACAUUAUGAAUAUCACAAGUCAAGCUAAGAGUAAAGUGAAUGAAACGAAUACGAGGACAGCAGACGCAAAUAAAGAGAUUGUAAGGCUGAGAAAGAUGCUGGAAGAACUGUUGAAAAAAGGUGAAAAGUUGAAGAAUGAAAUCAACGAAGUCAAGGAAAAGAAUUUCAGGGGAGCUUAUGAAAAGAUUAAAGAGAACCAGCAAAGAUCUCGGGCUGCUGAGAAACGAGUCAACGGAUCGUUGGACAACAUCGAGAAAGCUUCUAAGAAUCGUGAGCAUAUACAAAAGAUAUUGACUGGACCACCUUCAUUCAGCGAUAAGCACCAGCAAAACAAGGUUUCUCUCGAUGACAUCUUCCAUAGAAUCCGAGUCCUCAUGAACCAGUCCGAGAUGUUGAGUGCCAUGGUAUGUGGUACACCACGUGAUAAGUGUGGUUGGUGUAUGGCGGAGGAUUGUGGGACCUGUGGAGGGCCCGGAUGUAACGGGACAAGGAGUCUGGCGAUGGAGGCUGUAAAGAUGGCGAUGGAGGCUGAGAAAGCACAGAAAAUGAGAGAAGCCAAAGCCCACGCUACACUUGAGGAUGCAAUGCAAGCUGAAAUGAGAGUCAACAUGUCACGUGAUGUGGCCCUGAUGGCAUUCCAACAAGCCAUGGAUGCUCACAUGCAGGCAAAGAAUGCUAGCAAGAGAAUGGAUCAGCUGAUCGAGGAUAUCCUGAAGUUCCUCGCACAACAGGUUCCGGACACAUCUGGUGCUAAGGCAUUAACAGAGAAAGUCUUGAACAUGUCACUAUCUGUCGCUCCUGACCAGAUUAAAAAACUCGCUGAAGAUAUUAAAAAUGCUUUGUCUUCCUUGACUGGGAUCGAUGAGAUUCUUAAUAACACGAGAAGGAACCUUACUAAAGCAGAUGGCUUGAAAGACAGGGCAGAACAAGCCAGAGACAAAGCGAAUGCAGUAAAAAAUGUUAUCAGUAACGUGACCAAAGCGUUAGAUAUGGCAGAACAGGCUCAACAGAUGGCGAAAGAUGCUAUUCAGAGUGCUGGUGAUGAUAUCAAUAAUGCGGAAGACAUUAUCAAUAAGCUUUUGGGUGAUCUCGAUGCGUUAGAAAAGAAAAUAGACCAAGCUAAAAACACAACUACCCAGACGAAACAAGACCUACCUCCAAUCAAGGAGGAAUAUGACGAUAACGCUAAGGAUCUGGCAAUGGCGGAAGAUAUCACAAGGACUGCUCAAAAUGAAUCUAAACAGGCUCUUAUUGAAGCUCAGAGGCUGAAGAAGCUGUUCGACCAAGCUAAAGGGAAAAUAAACGAAAAAGUGGGACAAGUGAACAAUGCUUCGGACAGAAUUAGAGAGUUUAAAAGAAAAGCUCGGAAGCUCCAAGACAACCUUGUCAAUAAAAUCAAGACCAUUGAAAUUAUCGAACGAGAGACAAUAACGUACGAAGACCUAAUUGAAGAACUGAAGAAACUGCGAGACGAGAUGAAAAACCUCCAGAAAACACUGAGGGAAAAAGUUAGGUAUUUCAGUUUAUGCAACCCGUCGACCUCGAUCCCUUAACUCUGAUCAUACAUCCUGGCUUGGUAUAAUUUAUCCUGCUGAAUCUCCUAACUGUACUUCAACGCUAUUGGUCAAUGAAAUAAUUGGGCAGAUGUUGGGAUAGUUGCAACUUUGGUCAAUUAACAUCUUGAAAAGGCUAAACAGCUACCAUGCUUUGAGUUACUUUUCUAAGCAUAAAUAUUUGAAUAGGAAUUUUAUCAGCAAAACAUACAAGAAAACCUUGAAAUAUCAAAUUAUAGCUAUUAUUUUGUUAAGUAAUUUUUUGUUGGAGAUAUUUUUUGUUUUCCAGUGAUGCCAUUUCCACCAUGUUAAUGUCAUCAAAACAAUGUUGCUUUAGGAACGCAACUUGGCAGUCAUGCUCAAAAUAACUGUGCACUUAAUAUUUCUAUUGAAUAUCUCCGUGACGUGAGAACCUGCUUUAUAUUAAAAUUUGAGACACAAGAGCGGUUCAUUGAGAGCGGUUCAAAAGGUACGAUUAUUAUUGUCUUUAGUAAACAUUGCGCAUGCUCCAAAUUCAUAACUGCUGUCCCAAAUAUAACCAUUUCGAGUACCACCGGCGCGCUUUGAAAAAAUAUGAUACGUGUCUACACGCAAAUUAUACUGGAUAUCGCGUCAUCGAUACUUGAAGUCUUUGUCGUUUUGUGGAAAAAAUCAGCGAAUUUCUAAGAUUGUUGACAUGCACGAUACUUAUAAACAAUUAUGCUUUUAGCUAUUUGAGAAUUUGAUUCUUAUAUAUUAUAAAUAAAUAAAAAAUUAAAAGCCUUUAGCUGUUAGCGUUAAGUAAAUUAGCUAUUGUUCAAAUUUAUAUAUAGGCAGGCGAUGGGGUUUUUUGUUGGACGUAUAUUUUGAUAUAAGGUGAAUAGACUACUGUAGAAAAUAAAAAUACUUUUAAUA